AUGUCGGUGCCCGCAGCUGACAUGUCCACUGACAGUGCGAGCGAAGUAUCUACGCCGCCGAUUGCAGUCUCGGCGGCGCAGGUGACGCCCGCCACGGUGGCUGGCACGACCGCCGUGCCCAUGUUCCUGAGUCCGUCGCCUUCGCAGCAGUCGAUCUGGUCGGCGAACGGCCCGCCGGCGCAGCCGGCGACGGAUGCAUCCCGCGCGCCCGAGGCCAAGACCAUCCACCAGCAGGUCGAGCAGAUUGUCGCGCAGGAGCGCGAGGCGGCCGCCGCCGCGCUGCCCAGGUACGAGGGCCUUCCGGAGCAGUUUGAGCUCGUCGAAAAGCUUGGAGACGGCACGUUUUCGGUUGUGUACAAAGCGCUCGACCACGCCUCGGGAAAGCACGUCGCGGUCAAGAUCGUGCGCAAGCAGGACAAGUCGCAGGACGCGCAGCGGGUCGACCCCGCGCUGCGCGAGCAGAACCGCGCAACGGAGCGUGCGACGAUCCUCAAGGAGGUGCAAAUCAUGCGCCGCCUGCGCCACGACUCGAUCGUGCAGCUCCUCUCCUUUACCGAGUCGGACGAGCACUGCUUUUUGGUCAUGGAGCUGCUGAACGGCGGCGAGCUCUUUGAGCAGAUCGUCAAGCUGACUUAUUUGAGCGAGCCGCUCGCGCGCCAUGUCAUCCUCCAGGUCGCGCACGGCAUCCGCUACAUGCACGAAGAGUGCGGCAUCGUACACCGCGACAUCAAGCCCGAGAACCUCUUGUUUGAUUCGCUGGAGAUUAUUCCCAGCGAGAACCCCGUCAAGCGUCCCUAUGACGAAGACAAGAUGGACGAGGGCGUGUUCCGUGACGGCAUCGGCGGCGGCGGCAUCGGCCGCGUAAAGAUUGCCGACUUUGGCCUGAGCAAGAUUGUGUGGGAGGAAAAUACCAAGACGCCGUGCGGCACGGUGGGCUACGCGGCGCCCGAGAUCGUCAAGGACGAGCAAUAUUCCAAGAGCGUCGACAUGUGGGCGCUCGGCUGCGUGCUGUACACGCUCCUCUGCGGCUUCCCGCCAUUCUACGACGAGUCGAUCAAGACGCUCUCGGAAAAGGUGUCCAAGGGCGAGUACUCCUUCCUGAGCCCGUGGUGGGACGAUAUCAGCGACUCGGCCAAGGACCUGGUGUCGCACCUGCUCACCGUCGACGUGUCGAAGCGCUUCACCAUCGACCAGUUCCUCGCGCACGAAUGGUGCCGGGCCGCCGACCCCUCGACGGCCGAGGCGAUCCCUAUUCCCCACUCGGCGGCCAAGGCGGAUGCCAAGGUCCACUGGCACAGACAGGACCACGUCUUGGAUUCGCCGCUCCUUGCGCCGGCCCACCGCAAGGACGCCGACGAGGACGCGGGUGUGCGCACCGCCAAUGCGUACCGCCUGCGCGAGGCGUUCGACGUGUCCUUUGCAGUGCACCGCAUCGAAGAAGAGAUGCAGCAGCGCAUGCGCGUCAGCAAAGAGAGCCGCCGCGAACGUGCCUGGCGCUCGAUUAACGCGGACUCGGGCGACGACGAGCGGCGCACGGUCGACGCCGCGCGCCGGCGCCACGGCAAGGACGCCGCGCGCGCCAUCUCGGAACGGCGGCAGACGGUCCUGCAAAAGGACAAGAACGACACGCCGCCCAGGCGGCAAGCCUUUAACCUGCACCUCGAGGGUGCGACCAUCCUCGAGCGCCGCAAACGCGCGGUGGCCCAGGGCGACACGGCCAAGAGCGAGCUGCCGCACUACACGGCCGAGGCGCUGAUUCCGAUCCCGUCUGGCGUGGCGUAG